AGAACUUUAAGCUAACGGAUAGAGCCUUUUGUCUUUAUUGUGUGGAUGUACCUGAGUAUACAUCGAGAACGUACCAAUUUAAACUUUACAAUGGACGGUUGAACCUGGCAGAAUUGACCUUAACAAAGAAACAAAGGUAUAAUUUGCACGUGACUUACUAAGCUAACAUUGAAACUGGCUAAUCGGAGAAGGUAUUAAUGGGUUGAUGAUUGCCAGGGCAGCCGCAAACAACAAAAACAAUUUAGCGGACCCUUGUCACGACUCCGACUUUUCGAGAACUUUACAACUUUCACCUCACCGUCUCUCCUAUUUUUAUUUUUAAAUGAGGAAAAGUAACACACCAGGCGAGGCUCCAUGUCAGGCCAAUUUCGUCAAAGUGCUGGAAGCACUUCGCUUCCGCGCUCAAGAGUCACCUCUUUUCGCGCCUCGUUACAGAAAGCGACACAACCAUCCUACGACUUCUUUACCGGUUCCCCAGACGUGCCGACUUCCCACAAUGCCAGACCUGCUUCCAGACAAAGCCGCAUGGGCGGCGAAUCCCUGCGAGCGUCGUCGCGUGAGAGUUCUAAGGAAAAUCUUGCGCCACCCGACGCAGAGGAAUACGAAACACAACGAAGGAAGAUAGAGGAGCUCAAGGCAGAACUUGCUACAAUGCGCUUCAAACUCGAGAACAACGAGCAGGAGAAAGAGAUGAUAGCCUUGCAACAUGACAACGAGCUACGAGACGUGCGACGAAAGGCCGAGGAUGACUUCAAGCAGAAACAGGCAGCCGAAGGCGAUAAGAGCAAGGCACAACGGCAAUAUGAAAUUGUACAGAAUGAAUUACAGGAACUGAAGGAUACUUCCGCAAGAGAAAAACUUGAAGUGGAGAAGAAAGCACGAGAUGCUGAGGACGAAGUGCGCCUGUUAAGAGAGCAAUUAGAAGAUCUGUCAGCUGUUAAGGAAGAAGGUGACAGGAUGGCCCAAAAACGAGCCAGUGACAUGGAAACACAACUCUCAAAUCUCCGAGAGACAAUCCAAGGACUGGAACAAGAUAACCAAGCGCGCGAAUCUUCCAUGCAAACAAUUCAGCAACAACUCGCGGACAAGAAUAAACUCGUUGGCGAUUUGGAGGCGGAAGUAUUGCGACUGAAAGCACAGACAGGCGAUGCUGAGACUAUUGCGAUUAUUCGUCGCGAACUCACAGAGCAGGUUCAACACAUCAGGUCGCUUGAAUCGAAGAAUUCGAAGCAGCACGCGGAACUGACGCAUCUACGUCAAAUACAUAAAGCUGUUGAGGUCGUCGAGGAAGAGAAGCGAUCUCUUCAACGAAAGCUCGAGGCCGCAGAAUCUCUCGAAGCCGAACUCAAUGAGGCUCGACUACAAAGGCAACGAUUGGAGGAUGAACGCCUAGCUUGGACAGCCUAUCUUCAAAAUGCUAGUUCGGAUGGUGGUGUAAUGGAAUUUGACUCUCCCGAAGACGUUGCACGUGCUCUCGUCGAAGAACGAUACAACUCUGCUUCUCUUGUCGAAAGAUUGGGCGAAGUUCAGCCCCAGAUCGCAGAACGCGACGAAAUCAUCAAGACACUCGAGAACGACAAGAAGACCUUAACGGCGCAGAUCGAAAAGCAAAAGACUGCCGUUGUUCCGGUCACCGCUUCUAAGGCACAGGCUCGGAUAGAACGACAGCGUGCUCUAGCGAUGAAAGAAGUCGAAUAUCUACGCGCCCAGCUCAAGACCUUUGAUGCGGAAGAUGAAACUUUCGAUUCCGAGAACUUUGACCAAAUCAAAGUCGACCGCAUCUCUGAGCUCGAACAACUUGUUGACAAGUACAAGGAGGAAGUCCAGGCAUUACAUAACGAGCUUUCUACUCUUGAAUCAUCUACUGAUACCACACAACCCACUAUUGGCUCGAAGCGAAGUCGAUCUGAUGAGUCCGAGAGCGAACAACUCGGUGAACUCAACCGAAAGCGUCGCAAGCUAGCUGACGAGCUGUCUAGAGUACAGACGCAGUACCAAGUCUUGCAGAAAGAGCACGAGGUUCUGCAGUCCCGUCUUGCUGCUGCUGAGGUUGCGAAUAGGACACGCAUUCUAUCUCUGCGCUCCAACCCCACCUCGGACUUUGAGGCGAUAAAGACGUCCACGCUCCAGGCUCUUAAGAAGGAGAACAAGGAAUUGUUAGCCCAAUUACAGAAGGAAGCACGACGCUACCCGAAUAUGGCAUUAAUUCCUGCAUCGCAAUUGGCGGCAGCACGUCGCGAGAUUGAAGAGGCACAGAGGGAGACAGCGUCUGCACAGAAGACGACGCGACGAUUGAAGGAGGUCUGGGCGGCUAAGUCGCAGGAGUUCAAGGAAGCUAUUUUCAGCACACUAGGAUGGACGGUGACGUUCAUACCCAACGGAAAGAUGCGUGUCGAAAGUUUAUAUUGUCCUAGCAAUACAGACGAACAGGAGAACAGCAUCGUUUUCGAUGGCGAACGUGGCACUAUGAAGGUUGCUGGUGGACCCCAAAGUCAAUUCGCCCGCCGCAUUCAAGAUCAAAUCCAAUUUUGGGUUCGCGACAAGGGAUGUAUCCCCGGAUUUCUUGCUGCGCUUACGUUGGAAUUCUACGAGGAACAUACCAGGAUUAGUCGAUAGUGGAUGGUCUAAUCAACGGAGUCGUGAUUGUUACUUGUACUACUUGAGAGAGGGGUACGAUCUACGAGUUUUGAAGGCAGCAACUGUUGAUCUAUACUGCAUGGAACGGCAAGGCGUCGUCUGAUUUGCAUGGUGCGGCAUAGCAUAAUGAUACCUACCUGUUAGGACGGUAUGCAGGCGUUUAGGAUGGACCAUGUUUUGCGCAUAUCCAGACAAUUCUGUUCGGUAGGCUGGACUUUGGCCACCUGCUUUUGAUACCUCUUGUCAUGUCUAAGUACUAUAGCAGGAAGAUCGUACGAUUAAUUUGAACCUUUUACACUUCGGACAUUCUCAAACUCCGC